AUACACAUUUAGUUUUCUGAGGUACUAAAAGUCCUUGAAAUCUUAUAACUGUUUCUUAGACAUGGAAUCAAUCCAAGGAAAUAUCAUAUUAGUGAUGAAAGUAUGUGAAAUUUAUGAUAAGCUUUCAAAACUUGAAUCACUCAAACCCUCUAAAGAUGUCGACAACCUCUUCACUGAACUUGUCCAUACAUGCAUCCCACACUCUUCCAUCAACCUAGCCACUUUGCCAGCCAAUAUUCAGGAUAUUAGGUCUAAGCUCAUUAGACUUUGUGGUGAGGCUGAAGGCCAUCUUGAAGCUCACUUCUCCACUAUUAUUGGCUCUUUAAAAAAUCCUCUUCAUCACCUCAAUAUAUUUCCUUACUACUCGAAUUACCUCAAGCUUAGCCUUCUUGAAUACAACAUUCUCAAUCAACACUAUUCGACAACAGCACAAGCCCCCAAGCAAGUCGCAUUUGUGGGAUCUGGUCCCUUACCUCUUACCUCAAUUGUCAUGGCCUCUUACCAUAUGAAGGAUACAACUUUUCACAACUAUGACAUUGACCCGAUGGCGAAUUCAAUGGCCUCUUGUCUGGUUAAAUCUGAUGAGGACUUGUCUAAAAGAAUGGUCUUCCACACUGCCGAUAUUAUGGAUGUGACUGAUGAGUUGAAACAGUAUGAUGUGCUUUUCUUGGCUGCACUUGUGGGGAUGGAUAUUGAUCAAAAAGCUAAAGUUAUUGAACAUUUGGCAAAGUACAUGGCCCCUGGUGCCAUCCUCAUGCUACGGAGCGCCCAUGGUGCCCGUGCUUUUCUCUACCCGGUGGUGGACCCUCAAGUUCUUCAAGGGUUCGAUGUUCUCUCAAUUUUCCACCCAGAUGAUGAUGUCAUUAAUUCUGUUGUAAUCUCACGUAAGUAUCUGAAGCCGAUCACCACUGAUCGAAAUGACCAUCAACAUUUAGGUAAGGCCUAUGUUACACCAUCAAGUUGCAAGUAUUGUGAGUUUCAAGUUCUCAACACUCCCCUUAAUAAUAUGAAAAUGAUAGAUGAGUAGACCAUCAUGGCUUCAUUUGGUGAUGUUCUAAACUUAAAUUUGUAUUUUUACCAAAAGGUGUGUGACUAAAUGUAAUGGUUUGUGUUUCCUACCCAUGUAACCAAAUAACAAGAUACAGAGGAUCAUGCAUGUGAUGUUUGAAAUUACUAUGGUUAUUUAAAUGUUUACUUUA